AUGGAAUCUACUGAGACGUGCAGAGUCCUUUCUAUUCAAAGCCAUGUUGUAUCAGGUUAUGUAGGGAAUGAUUCAGCGACAUUUCCUCUUCAGGUAAGCCAUUUUUUACACUUCCCGUACCAGUUGAACGUGACACCAACACCGGUUUUUCCCGCUGCAGUGGUACCAUUGUACACUAAUUAGACCAUGUUCAGCUGCAUGACAGAGUUACCUUUUGAAAAGUGUUUUCAUACUAGAAGUCAAGGAUUCCUUGGUCUUAUUCAAGACUUUAUUCUUUCCUAUUGUCUAGCUCUGACUUAUACCCGAUCGCAUGUUAUUGUGAUGAUCGACAUACGUUCGUUCGAUUUGAUGAACAUUCAACGGAUAUUAUUACUUAUGACAACAGCAAUGAUCAGUGCAGUUGUCAUAUUCUGUGGGGAUGUGUGUUUCCUGAAGUAUUUAGAAUGAGAGCUGUUUUGUUUGGGACAGCAGGGCAGGGAAUGAGAAUCCGCUGGUCAGUGUUUUACAUGGUGAUUAAUCAGUGGCUGAAGAAUGUAGUGCUGGAAAUUUCUAUUAACUGUUUUUGUUAUUCAAAUUUGUAACACGUGAAACGAAGGAAUUUAGUGCUGGAAAUUUGUAUUUACUGUUUUUGUUAUUCAAAUUUGUAACACGUGAAACAAAGGAAUUGUCUUUUUUUUCCAGAUUCAAUGUGCUUUUGGUUGGCACAUUAAUAUCAACAGGUGACUUCAGUGUGAUUAUCGCUAGCGAUACUCAUACUGUACAUGCUGACCUCACCUCUCGUUUUAAACCUGAGUAACAAAAACAACAUUAAUUGUAAACAGUGAUGUCUCACAUAGGUGUUCUUAGAUAUAGCCUCUCACGCAGAUGUUUUAGUAACGGCUUCGUCAUGCAUAAUGCCCCAGAAACGUCUCGUGAAACAAGCAGUUAAAAAAAUUAGACCAAUCACAGCACACUUUCAGAUCUCAGAAGUGUAUUUUAGACUGUCCAACCUUUUGAGUGUGAAAAAUCCGUAGAUUGUUAAACCAUGGAGAAAUAACUUGAGUGCCAAAAAUUGGGAUUUUUCCUAUCCCGAUUCUACAUUAGUAAGAUUUCCAGAUUUUCAAGCAAAUUUGGCACAAUCUUGAUGUAACUGGGACAAAAACGGGAUAAGAAUGGAAAGUGUCUGGAAGAUCUCCUUGUUUAGAGCAAAACUCUAAGGUCACAGAUACGCUUCACUUGUGAGUCUCGUUUGGCCUGUCAACGCUUUAUUUCCUACUGAUAAUGAUUCAGGUGGUUGUCCUUCAUGUCCAAAGAAGACUGCAUGUUGUAUGAUCAUCUAUGGAUUCUCUGGUGGCUCUGCAAACUCAGUCUAGGAGGGCAGAGUCUGGAACAGGUGGGGCACUGGAACUCCAUUAUUGUGAUGUCAGCAGAGGAUGCUCUGUGGUGUCGUUCAUAGGCUGCAAUAAGUUUUUGACGGUGGUCAUCCUUGAAAUUGUUGGGGGCUGUGUGGGUCAGUAAGUGCCCGUGACUUCUGUCACUGGCUGCAGCCUCAAGUUCUUUCGGCUGGUUGCCCACACCACUGAAGGUUUUCCUUCACAGUGUCCUUGUACUGCUUGCGAGGGCGGCCUUGCUUUUUCUUGCCAGCCUCAAGCUCUCCAUACAACAGUUGACAGGGCAUGCAAUGAUCGUCCAUCCUGAUGACAUUUCCCACCCCUCGCAGCUGGACCUUGAUGAGUAUGGCCUCAAUCCUGGUACACUUUGCACGGUCCAGGACCUCGAGGUUUGUGAUAUGGUCCUGCCAGUGGAUGCCAACUAUGGAACGGAGGGCACUCAUACGAAAGUUCUCCAGCUAGUUAAUUUGCCUGUGGUACAGUGUCCAAGUCUCAUAUUCAUACAUGUCCUGUACAGCAUGUGCCAGCAUGCGUGUGAAGAAGAGAUUAAACAGGACUGUGGCUAGUAUGCAGCCCUGUUUUAUUCCAUUUGUGAUGGUGAAGACAGCUGACUGGUCACUGAUGCAGAGAACUUAAUUGUCCUGUCAUUCCAUCAUGAGGAAGCUGGAUCAACCUCACAAACUUCUUUGGGCAACCAUAUCUCUCCAGGACCAUCCAGAGGGCCUCCCUGUUGACUGUAUUAAUUACCUUUGUCAGAUUUAUAAAGACAGAGAAGAGGGCCUUGCUCUGUUCAAUGCACUUCUCCUGCACCUGUCUGAUGACAAAAUCAUGUCCAGGGUGCUGCACCCUGGUCUGAAGCCACACUCCGCCUCUGGGAGACCUCUUUCAGUUUCCAUGAUCAGUCGGUUCGGGAGAAUGCGAGUAAAGAUCGUUCCUGCUAUGGAAAGAAGUGAGAUGCCUCUGUAGUUUCCACAGUAAGUUGGACUUGCUCCCCUUGUUGUUGUAGAGAUCGAGUAGUAAUGAGAGCAUUGCAAAAGUCUUCACAUGGCCUCUUUGCUCCAUACACUUUGCAGAACAUCAUGGAAGCCUCCAGUGCAUUGGGGCCUGGAGCUUUGAAGAUCUCAGGUGGGAUACUGUUGUUUAUGAUUAUUGGCCUUUUUAUUAAACCAUGACUUAGUGCUGAUUUGUUCUCUGGUAAUUUGCUAGUGAUCUCCAGCUGAUAAUUGCAAACAAAGCGAAAAGGAAUUUAACUGCUUGUUUCAGCACAUGUUCAUGGGGCAGAAACAGAUGAUGAAGCCCCAACAAGUUUAGCGUGAGAGGCCAUCUGGAAUAGGGCCACAUUUCUGGUUUUUAGAUUACGGAUGCAGUUACUGUACUGGAUUGAUAGAGGAAUACAGCUGAUCAAAGAUCUUGCAUUAGGUAUCACAGUCCCUGUGAGACACCAACAAGUGGGAGGGGGGCAGGGGAAGUUGGAGAUGAAAAAUGCCUUUCAAGGUUAAUACUAAGUACUACUGAAAUCCAGUGUAACUAACUGUUAGGACCCUUAAAAACAAAGAAAAAAAAAAACAGUCUUGAGCAUUUGAAAUUUUGAAUAGCUGGCUUGACCAUCCUGACCAUCCAUUUGGCCAUGUGACUUUAAUUUCUGAAAGGCAAUAACUGCGUGUGAGAGUGAGCGAUGUAAGUGACGAGAUGAUGCGCAGAGCAGGAAGAAACCUAAAAUGUUCUGAUUUUUAUAACCGCACACAUGACUCCACUUUACAAAUCCAAUAGUUUCUUAUUGUCACUCUUUCGAAUGCAUGCAGACUCCAAUUCUGGUCUUGUUACUGGUGAAAAUCAGACUAAGAGUGGAUUUCCACUGCCGCAUAAUUUUUACGCUCAAAUUUUAUAUGUGUAAAUAGUGUAAAGGAAAUGUAUGAAGUAUCAUGAAAAAGUAUGAGUAAAAGUUGAGCGAGGUUCAACUUUUGACUUUUCUUCAUUGCCUCUAAUUUAUUUAUGCACAUCAAUUUUACACGUGUACAGACAUUAAAAUUACUUGACAGUGGAAAUCUACCCUAAAAGGACUAUAGGUACUUGAGGUAAUCCUAACAUGAUGUUACUCCAUCCUUUUUUAUUUUAGGUUCUUGGAUUUGAGGUUGACACAAUCAAUUCAGUACAACUUUCCAAUCACACUGGUUUGUUUCAUGUCUAUUAUUAAUAUAAUUGCUUUUGUUGUUGAACAAUAGAAAGUAAAGUAGUUUUUCUUGUGUUGUUCGUUUUGAUACAUAUUUCAAUAUUUUUAUGAUCCCUCCUACUUAAAGUGCCCAUAACCUAAAAUUUUAUAUUUUCUUAUCUGAAAAUACACCUUAUUAAAAUAACUUCUGCUAAAAAAUUUUGCAAUUUGAACCAAAGACGAUUUUUUUAGAAUUUUUUAAAAACUUUCAAAUUUGCCGCCAUUUUGGCACACCAUUUGUCUUAGUCUUCUCUCAGAGUAUGACGUUAUAUGACGUACUUUAAGGAACACGUGACUUUAUCAACAGGAAAACAUUAUUAGUUCUAGUAGGUUUUUCUGUUUCAGAAAAACUUUCUUCUUGCGAAGACGUCGUGAGUCAAUCCUUACUUGUAAUUGAUCUUUUUUGUGUACAGCUGGUGAAGGCAAGGUAAUGCGAGUUCCUUAAUUUACGUCACAUGACGUCAUAUGUGAACCUGUUAGUUUGUGUGACCAGCGUCGGGGGUGUACCGCAAAAAUGUAGAUUUAAAAAAUUGGUAAAAAAAUCACGCUUUGUUUAAACCACAAAAUUUUUUUCGCAGAAGUUAUUUUAAUAUGGGACUGGUCAAAAAGUAUAGGGGGGGGGUGGGCCGGAGCAUUUGGAAAUGUGGUUGAUAAAAAACACAUGACCCACCCCCUCCCUUCGGCACAAAAAUGACUGACCCACCCCUAAAGCAAGGUUGGAAAUUGCAUGACCCACCCCCUAGUUAAAACAUGGAUGUUCGGUUUCCUCUUAGUAGUCCACUAAAACCUUGUUCUGUGCUUGACAAAAUUUGUUGAUACACUGCUACAAGCAAUAUCAACAUCACAGAAAUCAUACCUUUCACUAAAAAGACGAAUGUGAAAAACCGAACAUUUCUUGUUUCAAUGGAUGUUCUGAGUCUUGACACAAAUAUACAGCAAAACGAGGGUAAAUUAUCUGUCACAAAGCAUAUGAAAAUUUCAACAAAGACAACCCAUUCCUACACAUUACUUGCCGGAAAUGCUUAGAUUAAUCCUCAACGAAAAUUUCUUCCACUUCAGUGGAAAGCAAUACCUAAAAAACCAUGGAACUGCAAUGGGCACAAAGACAGCAGUUUUGAUUCCUUUGCCAAUAUUUUCAUGACAUAUAUUGAAACAACAACUCUAAGCAAAACUGUCUUUAAGAACAACGGUUUGGAAAUGCCAUGUAGACGAUAUCUUUUACUAUGGGACAUGAGUAAACCAGACAUCGAAGCCUUCAUUGAACAAGCAACCUUACAUCACCUAACUAUUGAAUUCACGGCCGAAACAUUUGACACUGAGACUGCGAUUUUAGACAAGUUUGUAUACAAAGGCACAAGAUUCAAGGAAAAAUCUAUUAUGAUGCAAAGACACCUUUUAAACAAACGGAAAGCUUCUUGCACACACAUUUCACCUCGUGUCACCCUCCAAAUGUUAAAAAAGAAUUUGUCAAAGGAGAGGCCUUAAGAAUCCUACGAAAAAACUCCUCAGAAACAACCUUUGAGGAAAAUAAUUCAAAUUAAAAAAAAAAAACGUUUGACGGACGGAGGCUACGCACAAUCUUUCAGGGGCACCCAACGUCAAUUUUCGGAAAAUAUCUGUUCGAAAGACGAUUUGAGGUCUAGAAUUUUCGGAACAUUUGUUGUAAAAUUUCUUGCUUGUCUGCCCCUCCUAGGAUUUUCGAACAUCUAAAAAAAUAGUAUAAUUGCCCAUUUUUAACGGAUUUUUACCCUAAGGUCACCUAGAAUUUUUGGGAGCCUUUUUUCUGGCUGAAAUUUUCGAAAAGGUAUUGUUUUGAUCCCUAUAAUUUUCGUAUCACUAGACUUUCAACUAGGAAAAAGAAAUAUUGCCAUUAGAGACACAAUACCAGCCCUCAGUGUCUACUAUAAAGGAAGCUUGAAUGAAAAAAUGGAAUCUUAUAUAAAACCAGCUAUAACUUCAAUAAAUUUUAAAAGAACCACCCAUCAUUUUCUUACAAAAAAGGAAAAUCGUUAAAGGACAUGCUCGUUAGAGCCGAAAAAAAAAGGUUGACAGAGGGUUCCACGUCCGUGUAGCUGUGCGGCCUGUCAACCUUUGUAUUUUCUCGCACAACAGGUUUGUGAGUAUUUUAACAAUAAUUCGAGCUGGCUGUGUUUUAUAUAACAAGUGUAGUCAACUGUUUCGUUAGUAGUUAGUAAAAAAUAGGGUGACCCGCCCCCUGAGGGUAGCUGAAAAUUGCACGACCCACCCCUCGCACAAGGCUCAAAACCUCAUGACCCACCCCGUCUCUGCUCCCCCACCCCCCCAUACCCAGUCCCUAUAGGUUGACCAAGAAAGAAAAUAAAAAAUUUUAGGUGAUGGGCACUUUAACAAUGUCAUUGUUUUUUUAAACCCACACAUGUCCAAUAAACACAAACGGAUACGAUUCGUCAAACUGAUGGUCCAUUGGUACCAAUGGUACGAUUGGUACCAAUAGAAAAGCACCCUAUUCCAAUGGUUCUGUUGGUGCAUAUGCAUCUAAUUAAGGGGACUUAGAUUAUUUUCCCACGUGACCUGGUUGGGUACAGGGCAAUUCCAAUGGUCCAUUGGUACCAAUGGUACGAUUGGUACCAAUGGAAAAGCACCCUAUUCCAAUGGUUCUAUUGGUGAAUAUGCAUCUCAUUAAGGGGACUUAGAUUAUUUUCCCAUGUGACCUGGUUGGGUACAGGGCAAUUCCAAUGGUCCAUUGGUACCAAUGGUACCAUUGGUACCAAUGGAAAAGCACCCUAUUCCAAUGGUUCUAUUGGUGAAUAUGCAUCUCAUUAAGGGGACUUAGAUUAUUUUCCCAUGUGACCUGGUUGGGUACAGGGCAAUUCCAAUGGUCCAUUGGUACCAAUGGUACGAUUGGUACCAAUGGAAAAGCACCCUAUUCCAAUGGUUCUAUUGGUGAAUAUGCAUCUCAUUAAGGGGACUUAGAUUAUUUUCCCAUGUGACCUGGUUGGGUACAGGGCAAUUCCAAUGGUCCAUUGGUACCAAUCGUACCAUUGGUACCAAUGGAAAAGCACCCUAUUCCAAUGGUUCUAUUGGUGAAUAUGCAUCUCAUUAAGGGGACUUAGAUUAUUUUCCCAUGUGACCUGGUUGGGUACAGGGCAAUUCCAAUGGUCCAUUGGUACCAAUGGUGCGAUUGGUACCAAUGGAAAAUGAUGCCAUUCCAAUGGUUCUAUUGGUGCAAAACAAGUUCACUUUUACACCAAGUGAAAACGUGCUAAUAAUUAUUAUGAACGUUACUCGUUCUAUAAGAAAACCACGCAAAACAAAUUCGCUUUUACAUCAAGUAAAAGCGCACUAUAAUUCUUAUGAAUAUUCCUCGUUCUAUAUCCCAAUCACGCAAAACAAGUUCGCUUUUACACCGAGUAAAAACGCGCUAAUAAUUAUUAUGAAUAUUCCUCGUGGUAUAAGCCAACAACGCAAAACAAGUUCGCUUUUACACCAAGUAAAAGCGCGCUAUAAUUCUUAUGAAUAUUCCUCGUUCUAUAAGCCAACCAUGCAAAACAAGUCCGCUUUUACACCAAGUAAAAACGCACUAAUAAUUAUUAUGAAUAUUCCUCGUUCUAUAAGCCAACCACACAAAACAAGUUGCCUUUUACACUAAGUAAAAACGCGCUAAUAAUUAUUAUGAAUAUUCCUCGUUCUAUAAGCCAACCACGCAAAACACGUUCGCUGUUACACCAAUUAAAAAUGCGCCAUAAUUCUUAUGAAUAUUCCUCGUUGUAUAGGCUAACCACGCAAAACAAGUUCGCUUUCACACAAAGUAGAAACGUGCUAAUAGUUACAAAGCGAGGGCGACCUAUAUAUCUAGCGCUAAUAAUAUCUCAAGGUGCUGCGAGUAUAACAAACAUCGUACGAACAUUAAAAUUGAAAGGUAAUGCGUCACUGUCGUGUUCGUUCUGUUUAUUGUGAUUCAUGAGCAAACAACAUGACAUAUGAAUGUCUUCUUUCCUGUACGCAAGCACUAUUUUUUGGUAAUUCUUACUUGUUAAAAGAACCCGAAACAACGCGGAAAGGCGCGAAACUAGCAAAGUGGUAUUGAGGCAACAGGUUUUAAAUCCUGUUCUCAACUCACUGUGAAAUUAACUUCUGAAAUUUCUUAGCGCAAUUUCAUUAUCUACAUGGAAGCGUUUAAACCAAAACAAGUUUUCAAUGAAGAGUUUCCGAAAAGGGUGGUUAUAUCAUGCUGUUGCUCCUAAGAGAGCCGUUUUAUAUUCAAGUGACUGAAGUCACUUUUGACUGUUGACGUGGGGUUUGUCGUGGUAACCCAUUGAAGUACACCAGUUUGCUAUAAUCAAGGUCGUAGUAAAACCAUUGAUGUAUUUAAUGUCAACGUUGUCGUUGACAAAUUGUAUUUACCGUGCUCUUUUCUCGGCUGUAGCUUCCGAAGAGGCCCAGGACUGAGCUAGAAGAAUCCAUCUACUGAUGAUUUCAGGAUUGCACUCAUUGCCGUGGGAAAACAGCAGAAGUUUGAAUGUCUCCUUAUCACUCAUAAACAUAUGAAUCGACAGAGAUUUUUAUUUUUUAAUGGAUGCAUAUUCACCAAUAGAACCACUGGAAUGACAUCAUUUUCUAUUGGUACCAAUCGUUCCAUUCGUACCAAUGGACCAUUGGAAUUGCCCUUUACCCAGCCAGACAACACGACAAAAUAAUCUAACUCUCUUAAUAAGAUGCAUAUUCAUCAAUAGAACCAUUGGAAUAGGGUGCUUUUCUAUUGGUACCAAUCGUACCAUUGGUACCAAUGGACCAUUGGAAUUGCCCUGUACCCAGCUAGACCAUAUGAGAAAAUAAUCUAAGUCCCCUUAAUGAGAAGCAUAUUCACCAAUAGAACCAUUGGAAUAGGGUGCUUUUCCAUUGGUACCAAUCGUACCAUUGGUACCAAUGGACCACUGGAAUUGCCCUGUACCCAGCUAGACCACAUGAGAAAAUAAACUAAGUCUCCUUAAUGAGAUGCAUAUUCACCAACAGAACCACUGAAAUAGGGUGCUUUUCCAUUGGUACCAAUGGACCAUUGGAAUUGCCCUGUACCCAGCCAGACCACAUGAGAAAAUAAUCUAAGUCGCCUUAAUGAGAUGCAUAUUCACCAAUAGAACUAUUGGAAUAUGGUGCUUUUCCAUUGGUACCAAUGGACCAUUGGAAUUGCCCUGUACCCAGCUAGACCACAUGAGAAAAUAAUCUAACUCUCUUAAUGAGAUGCAUAUUCACCAAUAGAACCAUUGGAAUAGGGUGCUUUUGUAUUGGUACCAAUGGACCAUUGGAAUUGCCCUUUACCCAGCCAGACCACAUGAGCAAAUAAUCUAAGUCCCCUUACUGAGAUGCAUAUUCACCAAUAGAACCAUUGGAAUAGGGUGCUUUUGCAUUGGUACCAAUCGUACCAUUGGUACCAAUGGACCAUUGGAAUUGCCCUGUACCCAGCCAGACCACAUGAGAAAAUAAUCUAAGUCCCCUUAAUGAGAUGCAUAUUCACCAAUAGAACUAUUGGAAUAGGGUGCUUUUCUAUUGGUACCAAUGGACCAUUGGAAUUGCCCUGUACCCAGCCAGACCACAUGAGAAAAUAAUCUAAGUCCCCUUAAUGAGAUGCAUAUUCACCACCAAUAGAACUAUUGGAAUAUGGUGCUUUUCUAUUGGUACCAAUCGUACCAUUGGUACCAAUGGACCAUUGGAAUUGCCCUGUACCCAGCCAGACCACAUGAGAAAAUAAUCUAAGUCGCCUUAAUGAGAUGCAUAUUCACCAAUAGAACUAUUGGAAUAUGGUGCUUUUCCAUUGGUACCAAUGGACCAUUGGAAUUGCCCUGUACCCAGCCAGACCACAUGAGAAAAUAAUCUAAGUCCCCUUAAUGAGAUGCAUAUUCACCAAUAGAACUAUUGGAAUAUGGUGCUUUUCUAUUGGUACCAAUCGUACCAUUGGUACCAAUGGACCAUUGGAAUUGCCCUGUACCCAGCUAGACCACAUGAGAAAAUAAUCUAACUCUCUUAAUGAGAUGCGUAUUCACCAAUAGAACCAUUGGAAUAGGGUGCUUUUCUAUUGGUACCAAUUGUACCAUUGGUACCAAUGGACCAUUGGAAUUGCCCUGUAUCCAGCUAGACCACAUGAGAAAAUAAUCUAAGUCUCCUUAAAGAGAUGCAUAUUCACCAAUAGAACCAUUGGAAUAGGGUGCUUUUCCAUUCGUACCAAUCGUACCAUUGGUACCAAUGGACCAUUGGAAUUGCCCUGUACCCAGCCAGACCACAUGAGAAAAUAAUCUAAGUCCCCUUAAUGAGAUGCAUAUUCACCAGUAGAACUAUUGGAAUAGGCUGCUUUUCUAUUGGUACCAAUCGUACCAUUGGUACCAAUGGAGACCCUUCUUAUCACCACUAACACCAAUGGAGUCUAUUUGUGAGUAUUGGACAACCCUCUUUAAACCAGGGCACCUGAUAAUGUGAGAUGGUGCAAUUUGGUACAAUAUUCUGUUAUUAAUGUAAAUCAUAUCUGAUUGCAUAAUCCAUAAGAAAUCCUGUAAUAAACUGCUGCAUAAUCUGCACUAGAUAACGAAUUUAACUGCUAAUUUGAAAAAAUGCACUUUAUUUGAGCAUCAAUGUGAUUUUAAUUAGUACUAAUUGGAGACACUAUCUUUACGGCUACAACUGGAGACAGGACUGCCAUUUUAUGUGGUCAUCCUAGCCAUGCAAAGGUCUAGCUGCUUGCAGUGCAAGGAGAGUACCUUCAUUUCUCAGUUAUUUUUAAGACCCUGAUAAUUAUUAGUCCAGUCCUGGGAAUCAAACCUACAACCCCCCUCCCCCCUUGCAGCAAACGCUCAACCUACUGGGCUUAUCCUGCUGCGGUAAGGCUAUUUAAGUUUCAAAAUACUGUGUUGAGCCUCCGAAAUCUUCCUCAAGUUUUGAUGUUAAUCUAGUGAACAUACGAAAUAUCCACAUUUUCCCAUAAUCCUAUAAUUUGCCCUAUGAUAAACCUUAGAUGUGUGCUUCAUUUGUGUCCCAUCUCCUCAAAAGAUGUCUUAGUUUCCUCCAAAUUUUUUUCACACCAUUACACAGUCUGAUAAACACUUACUUAGGUGCAUGUUUCUGUUUGGUAGGCUAUGAGCAUAUAAAAGGUCAAGUGUUGGAUUCAAAGGAACUUAAAGAACUGUUUGAAGGACUGAAACUCAACAAUUUGCAUCAAUUUUCUCAUCUGCUUACAGGU